AUGUCUCUACCACACAACGGCCUCAAAUAUGUCACAUCAUGUCAAAGUCGUUUUGGUCGCCCAUCAAGGAAUGAUUUCAUCAAUGUGCAAUUCGACACCUUAUGCACGGCUAUCAAAGGUUGCCUCAGUGAUAAUCAUGCAUCCGCAUCCGAUCAACGAGCAAAAGAAGCAUUUGCGAAACUGAAAACGAUUGUUCAUCGGCUCUACACAUCACCGUUACCUGAAAAGCUAGCCAUUCGUGUUCGACAAGAACACAAAACGAUGAAAAGGAUUCAAUGCCGAUUGCGUAAGAAUCCACAUAUUCUAAUAACACAAACAGACAUGAGCAAUCUACCCUACAUUGGCCUCGUUGAAGAAUUCCAACGAAAAGCAAUUGAAUACCCUAGCCGAACUUUUUUUCAAGCGCUUGACAAGACUUGA